GGCAUUGUGAUUUAUAUUGCGGUACUCCAUAGGCUACUACUUCUGAUACCUGUAAAUCUGCCCUUAAAGAUCACUGAAAAUAAAAAAUAUCUACUUUCGUUUCCCCCAGUGGUAUUUGACAGUUCCCCUCAAUUCUCUGACGUUUACCCCGCCCCAUCAAUCCUGGGUUGUUUACAAUACUGCCACAGGCCAGGAAUGGUAAGGGGCUGACGGACUCUUUUGGAACAUACCUCGUCAACUAGCUACUUUUACGAUAGAGGUCGUCUCUGAAAAGUAUUAGCGCACAGGGAAAGGUGCCACGCAAGAGCGGCCCGGCAACUCGACUGCAGCACGACCUUGGAUUGGAAAAGUAAGCACAAUCGCCACCCGAAAAUAACAGUAGCGAGGCUCCCACUUCCUGGGGUGUGAGGGACUGAUCUCCUGUCACCAUGGACAUGGACACCCAGCCACAAGGCCAGCAGGCAGCAGUACCCGUGUUCCAGCAACAGAAGCCGCUUCAGCCGGACAUGGGCCACAACUCUCUGGCUAACUUCCAGAUUGAGAAGAAGAUUGGGCGGGGCCAGUUCAGUGAGGUGUACCGGGCCAGGUACCUGAUGGACAACACCUCCAUGGCCCUCAAGAAGGUUCAGAUAUUCGACUUGAUGGAUGCCAAAGCUCGGCAAGAUUGCAUCAAAGAAAUAGAUCUCCUAAAGCAACUGAACCACCCAAACGUGAUCAAGUACCAUGCAUCAUUUAUUGAGGAGAAUGAGCUGAACAUUGUGUUGGAGCUGGCCGAUGCUGGUGACCUCUCCCGGAUGAUCAAGCACUUCAAGAAGCAGCGGAGGUUAAUUCCAGAGAGGACAGUGUGGAAGUACUUUGUCCAGCUGUGCAGUGCGCUGGAACACAUGCACUCCCGACGGGUCAUGCACAGAGAUAUAAAGCCAGCUAAUGUGUUCAUAACAGCCACAGGAGUGGUGAAGCUGGGAGAUCUGGGACUAGGACGAUUCUUCAGCUCUAAAACCACCGCUGCCCAUUCUUUAGUGGGGACCCCGUACUACAUGUCUCCAGAGAGAAUACAUGAAAACGGAUACAACUUCAAAUCUGACAUCUGGUCUCUAGGCUGCCUGCUCUACGAGAUGGCAGCUCUCCAGAGCCCGUUCUAUGGCGAUAAGAUGAACCUGUACUCUCUGUGUAAGAAGAUAGAGCAGUGUGACUACCCUCCGCUCCCUUCCGACCACUACUCUGAAGAGCUGAGGAAGGUGGUAGAUAUGUGUAUUAACCCCGACCCAGAGAAGAGGCCGGACAUCAUGUAUGUGUAUGACGUCGCCAAACACAUGCACGGCCAGACGCAGCAGGGCAGCUAAGUCUACACCUGAGGAUACAAUACAACCCGCAUCUCUUCCUCUCUUCCCUCCUCCUUUCAUCCCUCGCUUCCACAUAAGGACAGGCAGACACCAAUCUCGUCUUUCACACAAUCAUGUAUUGAGAAGUUCUGCAAAAAAAAAAGUUAUGUAAUGUAGGUGUUUUGUUUAAGAGAAGGGGGUUAUUUACAGUGCAUUCGUAAAGUAUUCAGACCCCUUCACUUUUUCCACAUUUUGCUACUUUACAGCCUUAUCCUAAAAUGGAUUAAAUGUUUUUUCCCCUCAUCAAUCUACACACAAUACCCCAUAAUGACAUACAGUUGAAGUCGGAAGUUUACAUACACCUUAUCCAAGUACAUUUAAACUCAGUUUUUCACAAUUCCUGACAUUUAAUCAGAGUAAAAAUUCUCUUGCUCCGUUCAUCUUUCCCUCGAUCUCCCAGUCCCUCCCUCUGAACAACAUCCCACAGCAUGAUGUUGCCACCACCGUGCUUCACCAUAGGGAUGGUAUUGGCCAGGUGAUGAGCGGUGCCUGGUUUCCUCAACAUUUGGCAUUCAGGCCAAAGAGUUCAAUCUUGGUUUCAUCAGACCAGAGAAUCUUGUUUCUUAUGGUCCGAGUCCUUUAGGUGUCCUUUGUCAAACUCCAAGUGGGCUGUCAUGCACCUUUUACUGGGGAGUGGAUUCGAUCUGGCCUCUCUACCAUGAAGGCCUGAUUGGUGGAGUGCUGUAGAGAAGGUACUCCCAUUUCCACAGAGUGAACUUCGGGUUCUUGGUCAUCUCCCUGACCAAGGCCCUUCUAUCCCGAUUGGGUGGCCAGCUCUAGGUAGAGUCUUGGUGGUUCCAAGAUUCUUCCAUUUGAGAAUGAUGGAGGCCACUUUGUUCUUGGGGACCUUUAAUGCUGCAGAAAUGUGUUGGUACCCUUCCCCAGAUCUGUGCCUCGACACAAUCCUGUCUCGGUGCUCUACCGAUAACUCUUUCUACCUCCUGGCUAGGUUUUUGCUCUGACAUGCACUGUCAACUGUGGGACCUUAUAUAGACAAGUGUGUGCAUUUCCAAAUCAUGUCCAAUCAAUUUAAUUUACCACAGGUAGAGUCCAAUCAAGUUGUAGGAACAAAUCAAGGAUGAUCAAUGGAAACAGGAUGCACCUGAGCUCAAUUUCGAGUCUCAUAGUAAAGGGUAUGAAUACUUAUGUAAAGGUAUUUCUGUUUUUUAUUUUGUCUAAAAACCUGGUUUUGCUUUGUCAUUAUGGGUUAUUGUGUGUAGAUUGGGGAAGGAAAAAAAUUGUAUACAUUUUAUAAUAAAAUAAAAAAGUGUCACAUUUGACUAAUACAACAGGGGAAACGCUUAGUUUACAACAGGGGAAACGCUUAGUUUACAACAGGGGGGAAACGCUUAGUUUACAACAGGGGGAAACGCUUAGUUUACAACAGG